GUGCCUGGAGACUUCUCAACCGUCAAGCCCAUCGAGCGCAACAUCCAGCUGGCGCUGCCUCUGGCUUCAAGAGCUCAUGCGGAAAUGGGGCCGAGUCAUCGGGGAAGGCACGCGGCAGCCGUCGGGGAGCGCGAUCUCGGUCAGCUUGUGCCGUGGGCACGGCGGGGUGGGCGGCCGGCGGUCGUGUCACCAGCGGCUGCGCUCGAGAGAGUGUCGGGCUACGGAGAUGCGCGUUGCUGGGAGGUGCGGCCGGAGGCGGCGCGGCCGAGGCGGGCCGACAUCGCCGACCUCUUCCCCCGCCUCCUCUCCUCGUCGGACGACAAGGACAAGGAGGGGCGACCCCACUCGACGUCGCGCAACGGGACGCCGCCCGUCCUGAGCGCGCCGCCAAACGUACAGAUCGCCGAGGCCGCGGCCGCCGCCGCGGGCGAGCGACACGGCGACGGCGCCGACGCCGUUCCGGCGGCGCGCAGCGGCGGCGCCCUGCCCGCGAAGCCGUCGCCGCUCGCGCGGGUGAGCGCCGAGGCGUCGGGCCUCGUGGUGCCCCCCUCGCCGCGCUCGUCGGGCAACGUCUCCUCGAUGACGCUGCAGCGCGUGAGCGGCGUCACCUUUUCGCACCUCGUCACGUCGCGCUGCCUCACGCCCGGCCGACUCCGGCUGCUCCUCUCUGCGCUGAGGCGGCUGCACUCCUCCGAGGGCGACCCGGCCUCGCUCCUGCCCGAGGCGGAGGUCGACCUGGGCGCGAACUACCUGCCCAAGCUCCGCAAGCGCUACUCGACCCACGAGUCGCUCUACACGUCGCUCUGCCCGACGGCGCCGCAGAUGCACGCCAAGAUCUGCUCGGAGCUGGAGCUCUACAUGGCGACGAGGCGGUUCCGCCACGCGCGCGUCAUCCAUGGCGACCCCGUCUUCUCGAACGUGCUGCUCACCGACGCGCCCUCCGUCUUCCUGCUCGACAUGCGCGGCGAGGUCGGCAGCACGCUCACGCUGCAGGGCGACAUGCUGUACGACCUGUCCAAGGUGUACCAGUCGCUGCUCGGCUACGACUUCAUCAUCCUCAACCAGCCGCUCAACGAGCGAGACGCCGAGAUCCUCGAGGAGCUGCGCGGCGAGUUCGCCGCCUUUGUCGCCGCGGAGUACGCCGACGAGGGCGUCGAGAUGCACGACGUCGUCAAGCUGACCGCGUCGCACUACUUUGGCAUCGUGCCGCUCCACCAGAACCAGAGCCACCGGCUCGCGUACCUCGAGACGUGCAAGGCGCUCCUCUCGUCGCUACCGCCGUAGGGCCUGGCGCCGCUGCGCGGAGGGGGAGCGCGG